AUGCCUAUGCAGAACUUCAUUCUGAAACUGAAGCACCAUCUAUUGCAUCAACUCAACACAUCAGAAGAUUCUCUAAGGUUGAGAAAUGAACACAAUAUCAAAACAAUCAUUAUCAAGGAUGAUCGGAUGUAUGAGCAUCACAUUGCCAGGUUCAACUACACGACCUAUGAUGUUCAUAGGGCCCAAGAUGUCAUCAAUGCAAGGACUCCACAUUAUAAUGUUAUAGUUCUCCGUUCCAACAAUGACAUGGGAUGCCAAGGUCAUAGAUAUAUCUACGGUAGGGUAUUGGGUGUAUAUCACGUUAAUGUGAUCAUUACCGGACAUGGAAUGGUUGACUAUACUCCAAUCAGGAUGGAGUUCUUAUGGAUCCGUUUGUACAAGUCCUUGGAUCAAUGUUCUGACUGGUCAACCUCGACUCUAGAUCGAGUUAACUUCCCCCCCCUGGCGGACGAACACUCAUUCGACUUCCUUGAUCCUGCAGAUGUCCUUCAUUCCUGUCACAUCAUACCUCGUUUCAGAAGCGGUAAGAGACAUGAGGAUGGAUUGGGUGUAUCGGCAUGUGCGGGGGACAAGGAUGAUUGGUGUGAGUACUAUAUCAACCGGUUUGUGGAUCGUGACAUGCUUAUGCGCUUUCACUUUGGGCUUGGUGUCAGGCAUGUGUACUCUCACUAUCGCACCACGCAAGCUGGGCUUCAACGAGAAGGCACACCAUUACAUUCAUCCUUGACUGAUGAUGUUGCAGAUCCCACAGACGAUGUGGAAAGAGAUGAAUAUGAAUACAAAGAUGAUGGUACCGAAGACGGACUGGAUUUUGAAGAGUCACCCAGUUCUAGCAACAAAUCAUUGUUAGAACAAUUAGAUGAGAUUGAUAGGCUCGAUGCUCUGAAGCUCAAAAUUACAUUGCUCGAUUAUUUGAUGAUGAGCAUCAAAGACCACAAUCCCGCUUAUGAACCCGACCAACAAGGCAGAGAGGUUCCCAUUUACAUCGAUGUAUAA